AUGAUUGCUUACAUAACUCAUAGGCUGGGAGAAAAAUCGAAUUUAGAAGGCAAUGAGGAAUUUGAUAAAUGUAUUCAAAAUAAAGUUGAAGGAUUUAGUAGUACGUUAAAGAAGAAAUGGUUAGAUUCAAAUCGGUGUUUGACUAAAUUUUUAAAAAAAAAUGAUAAUUGGUUGGAUUUAGAAUUUAAAAUUCCAUUAUUGAAAAAAUGUGAAGAAUUGUAUGAACCUUCCACAAGUUCUGGUAGGCCACGUAAAUCUUUUUUAGAGUCAAGUGAUCGUUCUAAGCGCAGGCAAAUAAAAAACCUAAGAGAAAUAACUUCAUCAGAUGAAUUAAUCUGUGCAGCAAAAUCGACAUUGUAUGUUGAAGGGAAACGUGCUGCAGCCGAUCUUGUUUCCCAGGCAACAGAGUAUUCUCCCCAACGUGCAAUAAAGAUUAGAAAAUUGUAUAAAAAUGAAGCGAAAAAUAAAUAUACUUCUUACACAGAUGAUGAGGCUGUAGCAUUUAUCAUCGAUACUCACAUGACUAAAAAUGCGUAUCACAAAACUAGAUUAGGUGCUAAAAAACACGGAGCUGACAUAUACCCUUCGUAUGAUAGAGUUCGAUUAGCUAAAUAUAGAUGUUACCCUGAAAGUAUAAUUAUAAGUGAAAUAAGUGCGUCAGUUCCACUUCAAAAUUUGUUGGACCAUACAAUUAAACGGUUAUGGGAAACAUUAGAUUUUGAUGAUACAAUUGAUUAUGCGGAAGAGUAUUCCGAGCUCAAAUUUAUAUGUAAGUGGGGGUGCGAUGGUAGUUCGGGUCACAGCGAAUACCACCAAAGUUUUCAUGAUAUAGAAACUGAUGAUACCGAGUGCAGACAAAAUGCUAUAACUGACAGUAGCAUUGUUUUAUUCUGUAUUGUGCCAUUGCGUCUUACAGGAGUUAUUAAGGUUUCGAACACUCGAGUUAUUUUGUGGGAAAAUCCGACACCCUCUUCUACCCGAUACUGUAGACCUUUAAAAAUUGUACAUGCAAAAGAAACUAAAGAAGUUACAAAUACUGAAGUCGGAAGAGUAGAGAAAGAAAUUAUGGAAUUAAAAUCUGUCGAGUUAAAUAUUAACAAUAGUGUUUUAUGUAUUAACUACACAAUGCUUAUGACAAUGGUUGAUGGAAAGGUUAUAAAUACAUUGACCGAAACUUCGAGUCAACUUUGUUAUAUUUGUAAAUGUAACCCAACUAACAUGAAUGAUUUGGAUAACAUAAAACGUUUUGUAGUUAAUGAAGAUAAUGUUAAGUAUGGAAUGUCAAGUUUACACGCGUGGAUAAAAUUUUUAGAAUUAGUAUUGCACAUUGCGUAUAAAUUAGAAUCGGCUCCUACUACGAAACGAACAACUUCCGAACAAAAGAAGAAAAUUGAGGAAAAAAAGAAGGAAAUACAAUUUCGUCUUUGGAAUGAAUUAGAUAUUAAAGUUGAUAAAGUUGUUCAGGGUAGAGGUACGUCUAAUACAGGAAAUGUAGCUAGACGGUUUUUUAGGAACACAGAAAAAGUUGCUGAAAUCACUGGAAUCAAUUUAAAUUUAUUAAACCGAUUCUCAACUAUUUUAACAGUUAUUUCUUGUGGUUCUGAAAUAAAUUAUGAUGAAUUCGAAAACUAUGCAAAAGAUACUGCAGAACUUUAUGUCAAACAUUAUAAUUGGUACAGAAUGCCACCAAGUAUACACAAAAUUUUAAUUCAUGGCUCAUUAAUUAUAAAAAAUGCUCUUGUACCGAUUGGGCAGUUGUCGGAAGAGGCUCAAGAGGCAAGUAAUAAAAACUACAAUCGAUUCAGAGAACAUCAUUCUCGAAAAUCAUCACGUUUUCAUACAAAUACAGAUAUUUUUAAUUUCUUAUUAGUGUCAUCUGAUCCAUUAAUUACAAGUUUAAGAACACAACCUAACAAAUCACAUACUAAAUUACCUCCAGAAGCCAUUCAUUUACUUAACAUCGAAAGCUCAGAACUGAAUGAAAUAGAAACUAGUGAUAGUGAAAUAAAUAGUAGUUAUUCUGAAUAA